CAACUUCCAGCAGCAGUUCUGGCAGUGUUUUGCCCCGUGUGGUCUUCAGAAUCUUGCGUGGUAUAUUGGAGCUGCGAUAUUUUCGUUGUUGCGGCCGUGCGGCUAGUUCCUGCAUAGUUUGGCGAGUUUUUCUGCGGCAGUCGAGGCUGCAGCGCGAGAAUCCAAAUGUCAGCGGCCGCCGCGCUAAACAUGUAUUACGCCAAACUCGACAACGAUGCUUUGAUCUACAGUGUCGAAGCUCGACCAGCCCUCUGGCACUGGCGUCACAAGGACCAUAAAAAUCGUUUCAAGAAACGGAUGCUGUGGGCCGAAGUUGCGGCCGCCGUGCUUCCUGGCGUUACCGACGCAGAAGCGAUGGUGCAGAAGCGGUGGAAAUCGCUGCGAGACAAGUUCAGGCGUCUGGUGACUGCGCAAAUAGCGCAGAAAAACGGCAUCAAAACUGAAGAUCAGGCUGCUGAUGGCAACGCUGAUGACGUCACAUGGCCUUACUACGAGCAGCUCCUCUUCUUGAAGAAUUCCAUGGAGGGAAUAUCGUCAUUCAGCAAUGUAAACGUACCGGGGGAACCUUCGGAAGAAAUGUUGCUGAGAACUGCACCAUACGGCGACGUUGACUGUGUCUCGCUGCUCUCAGUGGAAAGCAACCACGGUGCUCUGCCAGCUGCCUCCCCAUCAACGGAUUCUCAAGUGAUGCUAUCUGACCUAUCAGAACAAGAGAUUGCUGCUGCGGAAGCUUUGGAGGAGGUGCCAUCACCAGUGCCUCAGCGAAGGCAGCGAAAAAGGAAGAGAGACGAUGAAGACCUGCAGCAGCAGAUUGAUGAAGUGUCCAGUCCUCCUUGACAAGCACAUGUCACCAGACGAGGACGAGUACUUUGCCAUGUCCUUAGUGAGUCACAUGAGGGCUGUAAAGCCAGAAUAUAAACUGCAAAUGCGUGUUAAACUGUUGCAGGUUGUUCAGAUGUUUAAAGAGCAAUAGCUCAAUGUUUGAUGACUGUUCACAGAGAUGGCCUGGGAAUAUGUGCCAAUAAUUUGGGGCGCAUUUUCAUCUCGGUCACUUGUGUGCAUCAUAAGUACAAAGAAGAUAACAGAUCCUCACAAAUGGACAUAUGCAAUUGCUUUUGUGAAUAUAUUUAAAUUUUGAUGUGUAAAUAAAGCUUGUUU